CUUCUCAAAUGAGUCAAGAACCCAACUAGGGGACAACCGCCCCCAUGGCGCAUACCUUGGCACCGUAUUUGGAGGUCAUCCGCCACACGCUGAAUGCCGCCCUUUGCUUGCAGAACUACCCGUCGCAGGUGGUGGAGCGGCAAAGUCGGCCUGAGAUUGAGUUCAAGGACACUGCGGCGGUGAUCCUCAAACCGCUUGUGAUUGCGAGGGAUGAGAAUGAGAAGUGUUUGAUUGAAGCUUCGGUGAAUGCGGUGAGAGUCAGCAUCAAGGUGCGUCAGUCAGAUGACACAGAGAAGCUCCUUUGUCGCAAGUUCGCCAGCUUCUUCACUCAGCGAGCGGAGCAUUUCGUGAUCCUACGGCGAAAGCCCGUGGAGGGGUAUGACAUUAGCUUUUUGAUCACCAAUACCCACCUCGAGGAAAUGAUGAAAGAUCGCAUUGUGGACUUCAUCAUUGAGUUUAUGGAGGACGUCGACAAGGAGAUCAAGGACUUGAAGAUUGCGUUAAACACCCGGCUUCGGGCCGCAGCGGCAGCGUACAUGUCGCAAUUCUCUCAGAGAGGCUGAGAGUGGCGGCAGAAAAUACUUCUGCCAGAGUUGGUUCUCUUGAGCGG